AUGAAAGCCCUCUACAGUCUGCUCGUACUUCUGGCAUUUACCACCCUCUCCUCAGCUUAUACCUUCCAGAUGACAAAGGAAGGUGAUGCUAAAAGUGGGGAGGAGUAUGUGAUGUAUAAUGAUCAGAAAUACGAUCUUUCCGAUGAACCAGGCAAGAGCAGCCUAACCUUCCUUGAAGAUGACUGCGUUGUAUACUUGGAUCUCUCAAAAACCGAUCCCUCUCCAUUCAGAGGAGGAAAUGCAUCUUUCAAGUGGUUGGGUCGUUUCCGACCUUCCUUGGGGCACUUACGUUUUUUCCUCAAGUUCUGA